ACUGCUGGCCGGGAACCGAUAUGAGCCGCAAUGGAAAUUUCAUUACCCCCAUCGCCGUCUCGCCGAAUCCGCGCGCGGUGCCGAACUUUGCACAUGUCGGUCUCCGGAACGACGAUAUAAAAUAAGGGACGUAGAAAAAAUAUACAACUAAAAAUCACACGGCAACGCGGGCGUUCCGGAAUCAAUUAGUGCAAAAUAACGAUGAAUUUUGUAGUGUGUCAUGACGGGUAGAAAAACAAACUCUGUGUGAUGGGUGCAAAACAACAACAACUACGACAGCAGCAACAACAAGCAUCAGUGCGGAUCAUCCGGAAGACAACGAUAACUGAAACGGACGUGGUCGAGUUUUAUGACCAUCAUCGGCGGCAGCAUGGAAAACGGUUGACACAUGCAAAUGGCUCGCUACCCGUUGAACCUGCGGGGGUAAUACGGCGGGACUGAAUGUGAAACGUGUAUCCAUCUGGUGCCGCAUGAGGUGUUGAAGAAAUGAACGGGGCGUGAAGAGAAAAAAAAGUGUCUAAAGUAACAGCCAAAGCAGACGACACCGAAGAAAACCUAUCCAGUGGGGAGAAAAAUAAUGGCCACGGCAAGGGGCCGUGCCGCCGGUGAAGAAUCUUCUAUUUCAUGGCCCUCGUGGCCUUGGACGACGCCGAUCCGGACGGCAGUGACGGAAAAAGUGCACCGAAUUGUGACGACGGCGGCUGCUAGGACGACGUCCACGGUGACGACAACGAGUGCAACUGUGAGCUCCUGGAGCCCGUUCACGGGCGAAGAUGUUACCGGGGAUUGGGCGGUCAGUGAAAGUGGUGGGGAUGUGUUGGAUUAUGGCGGUAGUAGCUUCCUGGAUGAAUUUGCAAACGAUGUCAAUGGCAGCAAUAGCAGCACUUUGCUCACUGGUGCUUUGUCCAAUUUUAGUGGCUCUCCACUUGAAUCAACGGCGACAGCACUGUUCUCCGGCGGCAAUUACUCGACCGAGUUCAGCAUCAAUGUUAACGUCUCGGACAGUGGGAUGGCGGCUGCCAACUCGCGGCUGUCGUUCGCCCACAUUCCGGAUCUGCUGCAGGAGGACGAGCUGAUGGCCCUGUGUACGAAUUGCAUUUUGCUCAAUUAUAGCGGCAGUAGCAGCAGCAGCAGUAGCAGUAACCUGGGGCUGAUCAACGGCACCAUCAGCACCAGAUUCGGCAACGGAACGGACCGGGACCUGCUGCUGCUGAGGCCCGACGACGGCAGCGGGUACGGGCUGGGCGGGCUGGACGACCCCGAGAGCACCAUAUUUCUGAUCCGGAUGAUAGUGACGGCCGUGGUGCUCGGGAUCGUUAUACUGGCGACGGUGAUAGGAAACGUAUUCGUAAUAGCGGCCAUCCUGCUGGAACGGAACCUCCAGAGUGUGGCCAACCACCUGAUAUUAUCGCUGGCGGUGGCGGAUCUGCUCGUGGCGUGCUUGGUGAUGCCCCUCGGUGCGGUGUACGAGGUGUCGAACGAGUGGCGACUCGGGGCGGAUCUCUGCGACAUGUGGACUUCCAGCGACGUCCUGUGCUGCACGGCUUCCAUUCUGCAUCUGGUGGCAAUCGCCCUCGACAGGUACUGGGCGGUGACGGACAUCGACUACGCCCACCAGCGGACAGCCCGACGGAUAGGCUACAUGAUCAUCGUCAUCUGGACGCUGUCGGUGCUGGUUUCGAUAGCGCCGCUCCUCGGCUGGAAGGACCCCGAGUGGGAGGCCCGCGUCUACCAGGACCUGCAGUGCAUCGUCUCCCAGGACGUCGGCUACCAGAUAUUUGCAACGGCUUCCAGUUUUUACGUUCCACUGUUGGUAAUACUGUUCCUCUACUGGCGAAUAUUCCUCGCCGCCAGGAAACGGAUACGGCGAAGGCAGCAGGGUAAAACCAUAGUGCAAUUGAUACCAAAACCUUUAGCUGCUCAGACCCAUCCUGAACCCUUGGCAAAAGCUUCAUGUAUGGCACUAACAUCGAUUGGUUUCCGCUGGAAGGUAACUGCAUCGCAGCCGAACAACGCCAUCGGUGGCCCGACGGCGAACGUGGUCGGCGGCUCCGGAGGCAUCGCGGCCGCCGUGGUGGCCGUCAUCGGGCGACCCCUGCCCACGAUCAGCGAAACGACGACGGCCUUCACGAACGUGUCGUCGGCGAACACCAGCCCGGAGAAGGGCAGCCUCGGGAACGGCGUCGAGCGGGACCGCAUCGAGAUGGACCCACCGACGGCGGACUUCUCCACCGCGUACCCCUCGGGUCCGUACGGGGCGUCCAGUUCGUCCGCCAAGCCGUCAAUCAUGAAGAAAAAGUCCCAAUCGGCGACGGACUCCAAGCGGGAGCGCAAGGCGGCCAAAACGCUGGCCAUCAUUACGGGGGCGUUCGUGUGCUGCUGGUUGCCGUUCUUCAUCAUUGCCAUCCUACUGCCAACGUGCACCGAGUGCAACAUCAGCCCGCUGACGAUGAGCGUGUGCCUGUGGUUGGGCUACUUCAACUCGACGCUCAAUCCGAUCAUCUACACGAUCUUCAGCCCGGAGUUCCGGCACGCGUUCAAGCGGAUACUGUGCGGCCGGCGGCACAGCCUGAGGCGGACACGGCACAUGGGCGUGCGGCACAUGAGGUAAGGAACGGGGCGGGACGAGGGCAAAGUCUGACUUGUGAUGUAAAUUUUUCUCUAGGGUAAAAAAUAAACAUAA